GCUACGUACCUUCAAAUCAUGCAGGCUGCACGUCUGUCCUUGACUUUCUUAGCUAAAAGGCGUUGCCGGCAGCCGACUAGUCCUUUUACUUCAGAACACUCAUGGCUAACGAGCUGCAAAUGCGUUCUCCACUGUCUAGAGCGCGUGUAGCUCAUGAAGAGUGGACGCAGACCACAGAUAAGCUCCGCCGUAUAGGCAAUGAUUUCAACCAAAUAGUCAUCGACUCAGUGGACGAAUCCAGAGGGCACAAAAAUCGGGCCACUGAAUGGGAAACCAGACAUCAAGAUGUUGUCGCGGAGAACAACGACUUCAGAGCUCAUAACGAGGAAUUGAAACGUCUACUCGAGCUUGGGCAGCCUGGUGCAGGGAGCGCAAUCGAAUGUAGAGACGCCGUGUAUCGUAAAUUGCGGCAUGUGCGCCGUGUUAUGCGCGAGCUCGUAGAGGACUUGCCUGAUUUUGGAGAUAGCCCGAAUGAAGGUGCUUCACUGCUAUUACAGACAGAACCACGAGACAAGGAGAUUAGCGCUUUGUCGUCCCCUUCCGGUCGAAGUCGCAGGCACCACGGGUCUUCUAACAGCUCUGGUUCUAGCAAUACUGCUCGCCCAUUAUCUAAGGGGAAGGAGCGUAGCUCGCCCAGAACUGUGCCAAUCUCAUCUCCAGCGUCGCCAUCAUUUUCUCGCGCAUCAAGGACAGGACUUAGGGACCGACCCUUCCGUGGAUCUAUCUGUACACGCUGCGAGAACCUCUUAUGAGGGUGAUGGUGGUGAUGUUUGGAGGCUGACUUCAUCUCGGAGCCCCCGGAGUGCAGAAGUGAUUUGUCCCGUUGGCAUGCAGUUGUUUCAGGAACGGUUGAACCUCGACGCAGACAUGUUAUACUCUUUAGAAAGGUGCCUAGCGUUCCUACUUGCAGUUCACCCUUGCUGAGCCCAUA